AUGUUCCGCGCGACCAACGUGCACGAGCGCGCGUUCGCGGCGCCGCCCCGCCGCGUGGGCUCUCUCAUCGACUCACUGGCAUCCCCGUCCGACGCCCUGUGGCCCAAGGCCUGGCCGCCCGUGCACUUCGACCGGCCCCUUGCAGUCGGGGCUAAAGGAGGCCAUGGCUCAAUUCGAUACUUCGUCGAGGCGUACACGCCCGGAGCGUCGGUGAAGUUUCGGUUCACGUCGCCGGCGGGCUUCGACGGUCACCACGCCUUCGAGGUCGUGGCCCUGGACGCGGGAUCGGCGUUGCUGCGACAUAGGGUGGAGGUGGCGCUGAGGGGUUGGGGCGUGGCGCUGUGGCACCUGGCGGUGAGGCCGCUGCACGACGCGGCGAUCGAGGACUGCCUAUCGACGGGCCGGGCAUCACUGGGGCUGGCGCCGGAGGCGCGGCGGUGGUCGCUGUGGGUGAGGCUGUUGAGGUGGGCGGCGCGUGUUGGGCGCUUGCGGGCCGGCACCGAUGGGAAAGUCGGCGACAAGUAG